UAUAAGCAUAAAGGAUUCUCCUUUACUUUCAACUUUCCCCAGAUGAUGCAAAGAAUUCUGAAUUCCAGGAAGAGGAAUAAGAAAUCAAGAAACUGUUGCAGAGCAUAAUUGUCCUGUAAAUCAAUAGAAUAUUUUACCAAUUCCACUUUUUCUUUUUUUCUUUUUUGGGAAAAAAUAAAUACCUCUAAAUAUAAAUAAAAUGAAUAUAUGGGCAGGGAAAGAGGAGGGCAGAGUUUCUUGUUUCCUCGUGAUCCGUGCGUAGUCUGCUUGACAUCCCACAUAGCUUUGUCGUUUGAUUUGUUCCUUUCAGGUGACAAGUAGUACAAUUCACAUUCUUACAAAAAAAAAAUUGUAGCUUUUGGGAAAGAGGGACAGAGGCCCAAAGAGAUCUUACUUUUACGAGUUUCCGGUGUUUAUCCGACGCUGGUUAAUUCCUACACUCUCAAAUGAUGUAAUUAUUUUCUGGGUAUUGUGUUUCAUCAGGGAUUUGGGAGAAUUUGAACAACUAGAAACCAACUGAAAGCUUGGUGAAAGUCAGGGUUCUUGAUCUGAUGGGCAGAGAUUUGUGACUGGAAUGGAUCCUCAGGCCUUUGUCAGAUUGUCAAUAGGGUCACUGGUGCUGAGGCUUUCAGGAACAGCGCUAAAUACUUCAAAAUCUGGACUCCAUGCAUUUUCUUCUCCGUGUUUGUGUGAGAUACGACUUCGAGGUUUUCCAGUGCAGAAAACAUCGGUCCCUUUAAUAUCCUCACCUGAAGCCACCCCUGAUAGUCACAGCAUUGCCUCAAGCUUUUAUCUUGAAGAAGCUGAUCUGAAGGCAUUGCUGACACCUGGUUGUUUCCAUAACACUCAUUCCUAUCUUGAGAUUGCUGUUUUUACAGGGAGAAAGGGGUCGCAUUGUGGUGUUGGCAUCAAAAGGCAGCAGAUUGGGACAUUUAAACUAGAGGUGGGUCCAGAAUGGGGUGAAGGAAAACCAGUUAUUCUUUUCAAUGGAUGGAUUGGCAUUGGAAAAAACAAACAGGAGAGUGGAAAACCUGGAGCGGAGCUUCAUCUGACAGUGAAACUAGAUCCUGAUCCAAGAUAUCUUUUUCAGUUUGAAGAUGUGACCACAUUGAGUCCUCAGAUAGUUCAGCUUCGAGGUUCCGUCAAGCAGCCUAUAUUCAGUUGCAAAUUUAGUCGAGACAGUUUGGAAUUAGAGAUAGAGAGAAGAGAAAGGAAGGGAUGGAAGGUGAAGAUACACGAUCUUUCUGGCUCGGCUGUUGCAGCAGCCUUCAUAACGACUCCCUUUGUGCCAUCAACAGGUUGUGAUUGGGUUGCCAAAUCCAACCCAGGAGCUUGGUUGAUUGUUUGCCCUGAUGCUCGCGGACCUGAAAGCUGGCAGCCAUGGGGAAAGCUGGAGGCAUGGCGCGAACGUGGCAUCAGAGACACCAUCUGCUGCAGAUUUCACCUUCUCUCUGAAGGCCAGGAGGUAGGAGAGGUUCUUAUGUCAGAGAUAUCCAUCAGUGCUGAAAAGGGUGGUGAAUUUUUCAUAGACACUGACAAACAGAUGCAAACCGCUGCAACACCAAUACCAAGCCGACAAAGUAGCGGAGAUUUUUCGGGAUCAAGUCCUGUUGCAGGUGGAUUUGUCAUGAGCUGUAGAGUGCAAGGGGAAGGCAAGAGCAGCAAGCCAUUGGUACAGCUUGCCAUAAGACAUAUAACAUGUGUGGAGGAUGCUGCCAUCUUUAUGGCUCUCGCCGCAGCUGUUGAUCUUAGCAUUGUGGCAUGCAGACCUUUCCCUAGAAGACUCAGGAGAGGUUCUCGCCAUUCCUUCUGAAACCAUGGUCAUAAAUUCUCAUGAACAGAAGAUGACAUUAUUUUUCCUUGGUUUUCUCAUCUGUCGAUCUGUAUACCAUCGCAUAUGGUUCAUAGAACUCUGCGGAUUUGCCAUCUCUGGUGGAUGUAAUCUAAUUUGGGAUAGCGGGAACAAAAAAAAAACACCGGGACUCUGAAUUGUCCGAUAAUGGUAUUACAAGGGACAAUGUUCUACACCAUUUCA